AUGGCUUCUGGGAGCAUUGGCGACGUGCCUGCCGCGACUUUUGCUGAGUACGUAGACGAUCCUUUCCUCGACCACGGUAAGAGGGCAGGUGCAUCGCAGGCGUCUUUGGAAGGUGACGACGACCUGACCAAGAAUGCGCCGUCUGCCGAUGCACCGCAAUUCGACCUGGCGCAAAGGCCCGAAGCACCUUCGCGAUGCAUCGCGUUGCGCCCGGCCCUGACCCACCGCCUCUAUUCCCAUCGCCUCCAUGUACGGGCAAAAGCUAAGCUGCAACGCGAUAGACUGCUCUCCGGCCCUAUGAUCGAUAUAUACGUAGGCGAGUCCAAGCGACACUGGUCGCUGCACCGCAACCUCCUGUGCCACCACUCCGAGACCCUCGAGAACGAGCUGCUUGGUGAUGCAGACGGCCACAGUAGAAAAGACCAGCUCGAUCUCCCCGACCACAGCCCCGCCGGCUUCGAGCUGCUGGUGAAAUGGCUGUAUCAAGGCAGCCUCGACGAUGUCUCCGACAUGGCUGAUGCCAACCUAAAGUACGAGUAUGCUGUGAGCUGCCACAAACUCUAUCUCCUCUGCGAUCGCUUCGACAUGGCUCAGUUGAAGAACGUCGCCAUGGAUCAGUAUCGAAAAGGCCUAAAUGAGGCCGAGCUGGUACCUGACGCUGAUGAGAUCGACGACAUCUAUCGCAAAAGUCCGACAGGGUCACCAUUCCGCAAGCUCAUGACGCGCAUCGCAGCCCGCCAGAUCAUGGAUCCUGGCAGUGAGCGCGAUGUCGAGACUUACCGCGAAUGCUUUGAGAACAACCCCGAUUUCGCCAUUGACUUGGUCAAGGCAAUCAGGUCAGGUACUGGUGGCAUGCUAUUCGACGACCCUACAGAUGAGGGCAACGAGUGCGACUACCAUGACCACGAAGCUGGGCCCAACUGCCACACAAAGGGCAAGGGCAAAGGGAAGCAAGUAAAGAAGAAAGCCGGCCUGUCAUCCGCCAAAUCCGUCCCUUACAUAAGCUCCGACCAGCAGAACCGCCCUCCCCGCCCUCUUCCCCCGAAGACGCCUCACCCGUCUCGUCCCCUACCGGCUCGCCCACAAGAAGGCAGCGCCGGUCCUCUCCGCCGUCGGCUGACAAGUCCGGCGAGUUCGACAGUAGUCACGUCGACGGAGAUGGCAGUCGCCAGUCAGCCGCCCAAUCCCGACGCGAUUCGGGAGAGGGAGAAGGACAGGGAGAAGUUGCGCAAAGUGACGCCACCGGAGCGCAGACGCCUAGAGCGAGCUCAAAGCAGCGGAACGGAGAUACAGAAGUCACGCCCAGUCCUAGAAGAGCGCCGCCGAAGCUCAGACGACGCGUCUCCCCCACACCAGAAUAGCCACAUAGAAGACGAAGCACUCGGCGAGCUUGAAGGAGGACCAGUGCAACCACCACAAAGGACACCCUCGCGUCGAGGUAUCUGGGAAUGGGCUAGAGUAGGAACGGGCAGACUGAACAUCAUCGGACGAAUACCGCAUCCUGAAUGGAAAGGCCCGGUGGUGUCGCACCAAGUCGUCAUGAAUGGCAACUCGCAGAUAAGCACCAUUCCCGAGAUGCAUGACGAUUUCAGUAUCCCCUCCACAACCGCUACCGAGACGAACGAUUUACAAGAAUACAACCAAGCAAUGGCGGCCAAGAUGGAAGGUUUUGGGUUCUCCCAUGCUCAUAUCACAACGUCACCAUCCUUCUCACAAACCAAGCGCUCCUCCGACGACCUUGUCGCUGCGUCAUCUACGGCUAGCACGCCAGCCAACUUGAAUCUUGUCUCCGAGGCUUGGACGAAUGGCGAGCGAAUCACACCACAACCUUCCAAGGACAGCCCACCAUUGACGCCGGACACCCCUACGCCGAAUCAACGCAGGAAGGAUUCAACAAUAGAGGAUGAGAGCACACCUACCAAGGACGCAUCGGAAAGCGCAAAGGCAGAGGUCGCUGAUCGACCUCAGAAUGGCGUCAAGACCACCCCUACGCCUGACCGCAUCCCGAAGUACCGGAUAGCGCUUACGUCAAAUUUCCUUUCACCAGCUCGCAGUACCACGAGUUCAACUUCUUAG